CCUUCACUUUUCUCUUGCCAACUCAAAAUCACAAUCCUCUUCUCUCUCUAAAAAAUAUGGCCAUCAACUUUCCCAUUCCAACUAAUUUCAUAGACAUGGUUUUCAAUAUCAACCGUCUCAAAUCCUUCUUGACCGAAUCCUUUUUCUCCGACCACCUCCCCACCCAUCUCCGCCACGACUCCACCGCCCUCUCCUCUGCUGCUACCGACUUCGGUCACCUCGUCACCAGCACACCCGCCGCCGUCCUCUUCCCCACCUCCAUAAACGACCUCGUUACUUUACUCAAACUCGCCAACUCCCGUUCUGUUCCUUUCAACGUUGCCGCCAAGGGCUGCGGCCACUCCGUCCACGGCCAGGCCAUGGCCGAAAAUGGGGUUGUCGUUGAAAUGACUUCCUUGAACAAUAAUCCCUCCAGAAUCUCUAUCUCUGGCUCCGCCGAUGCCGGAUUCUUCGCCGACGUCGGUGGUGAACAGAUGUGGAUCGAUGUACUUACUGCUACUCUUAAACAUGGACUUGCUCCGCCGUCUUGGACGGAUUAUCUUUAUCUUACCGUCGGCGGGACGUUGUCGAAUGCCGGAAUCAGCGGCCAAACAUUUCGUUAUGGCCCGCAAAUUUGUAAUGUUCUUGAACUCGACGUGGUUACAGGAAAAGGAGAUAUUGUAAGCUGUUCAGCAGAAAAAAACAAUGAACUCUUCAACUCAGUCCUGGGUGGUUUAGGCCAAUUUGGUAUCAUUGUUAGAGCUAGGAUUCCCUUAUUCCCAGCUCCAAACAGGGUUAAGUGGGUUAGAAUGUUGUACAACAAUUUUGAUGAGUUUGUGAAAGAUCAAGAAAAAUUAAUCUUAAAGAAUAGUAAUGAUGAUGGAGGAUUGAACUAUUUAGAGGGUUUGCUUCUAAUGCAUGAUGGCCCCCCAGACAAUUGGAGAUCCUCUUUUUUUCCACCUUCUCAUCACUCUACAAUCAUCUCUUUGGUUAACCAACACUCCAUUAUAUACUGCCUAGAAGUUGCUAAGUAUUACGACGAUCGCUCUCGACAUACCAUCGACAAGGAGCUUGAUAAUUUGUUGAAAGGGUUAAAUUUUCUACCGGGAUACAAAUUCGAGAAAGACGUAUCAUACGUUGAAUUCUUAAACAGGGUUCGAGGUGGAGAAUUGAGUCUCCGAUCUCAAGGGUUAUGGGACGUUCCUCAUCCAUGGUUAAAUCUCUUCGUACCGAAAUCUCGUAUCGCCGAAUUCAACUCGGGUGUUUUUAAGGACAUUAUUCUCAAAAGAAAAAUUGCCAAUGGACCUAUACUCAUCUACCCCAUGAAUAGAAACAAGUGGGAUGAUAAAAUGUCAGCAGUUAUACCAGAAGAAGAAGUAUUUUACACAAUAGGGUUUUUGAAUUCAAGUGGAUAUGAUAAUUGGGAAGCCGUCGAAGAACAAAACAAAGACAUAUUAAGGUUCUGUGAUAGUGUGGAUAUGAAGAUCAAGCAAUAUCUUCCUCAUUAUAAUACAAAAGAAGAUUGGGAAAAACAUUUUGGAAAUAAGUGGAAAAUUAUUCAAGAUAGAAAAAAUCAAUUUGAUCCUAAAAUGAUUUUGUCUCCUGGACAAAAAAUUUUUAAUUCUUGAAGUCUUUUUUCUUUCUUUCAAAAUUAUUAUUAUUAUUAUUAUUAAUAUAUUAUUCUCUUUAAAUUUUUCUUCUUCUUUCUUUUGGGUCUAGGGACUAUCAAGGAAUAUUUGGUGUAUGUAUUAUAAUUAUGUAAUAUUUAUUGGAAUUAGAAUUUGAAUUUUCAAUUGUCUCUAUUACAGUACGUGAUAGAGUCAAUUUUAGUUGAUA